AUGUCGCAGCCAUCGCUCAAUAUCAUCUUCGUCAACGUCAAUCAUCCGCGCGAGGCAUGUCAACGCUCCAAGGAUGCCGAUAUCCGCUCCCACGUCGCGAGUUUUCAACGGCUGAAGAAGAAAGCUGCUGCUUCUUCUAAAUCAACAUCAUCCUCCUCCUCCUCCUCCUCCUCUUCUCCCUCUGAUGCUGCUGCUCCUGCUUCCUCAGUACUGGCCAUAAGGACGGGUCAAUGGCCCGGCACUGCGCGUCGUCGUCCCGCGACAUCGACGAAAAAGAACAACCUUAAGGCGGAAAAGGAGCAGGAGAAUGAACAGAACCAACAUCAAAAUCAGCAUCAGAACACGGAGACAUGCCUCGUAUCCACCCAGUCCCCUCCCAUCCCCCGUCUCCAGGGCGGCUGUCGCGUCGAUCCAUUCCAGUCCUAUCCCAUCCCUUUCAGACCGUAUAUCCCGGAGCUAGUUGACCACUACAUAGUCAGCAUGGCCGUCGACAUCCCCGAACUCGACCAGCCAGGCAACAAAGGCCUCCUCCGCACCCGCUGGUUCCCCCUCGUCAUGUCCGAGGCCUCUCUCUUCCUCGUAAUCAUACUCCUCGCCGCCUCGCACUGGGCUUCCGCGCACGGCAACAAUAGCUACGAACUAAAACAGCACAUCCUGCGUCUUCGCUACGAGACCGUCCGCGCCAUCAAUAUCGCCAUUGCGCAGGAGAGUCCGUUUCUCGGCGAUGCGUUGAUCGGUGCUAUUGCCAAGAUGGCGAGUUAUGAGGCUAUGUUUGGGGGGAGAGAGAGGUAUAGUAUGCAUAUGCGGGGUUUGGAGAGGGCCGUUCAGUUACGGGGGGGGUUGGAUGCGUUGGGUCUUGAUGGGUUGCUUAGGAGGAUUGUUGUUUGGAUUGAUCUCAAUGCGACCUUUCUGAAUCGGUGGGAUCGGUUUUUCCCUGGCGUUGGAUUUGUCGAGGACGAUUUGGUCAUGGGCCACGUUGAGGCUAAUCCGGGGCAUUUCUUGGGUUGUUCGUAG